UUUCGAUAUAUUGCACAUUCGACGUAUUGCAGUAAAUCGUUAACGCGUCUUCGUUCCAGUACCUGAAAUACCAACAAUAAAAUGGGUCUGCUCGCUAUUUUACGAAAAUUGCGAUCAAAUCCUGACAAAGAGUUACGAUUAUUACUGUUGGGCUUGGACAAUGCCGGAAAAACGACUAUUUUAAAGUCUUUGGCGAGCGAAGAUAUCACGCAAGUCACUCCAACACAAGGUUUUAAUAUAAAAAGUGUCCAGAGCGAGGGUUUUAAAUUGAACGUUUGGGAUAUUGGCGGAGCUCGAAAGAUUCGACCUUAUUGGCGAAAUUAUUUCGAGAAUACGGAUGUACUUAUUUACGUCGUCGAUAGCGCUGAUAUCAAGAGGCUAGAAGAAACAGGUCAAGAACUGUCGGAGCUUUUGCUCGAAGAAAAGCUGCGCGGAGUGCCAUUAUUGGUAUAUGCGAACAAGCAAGAUCUAGGACACGCGGUGACGGCAGCCGAAAUAGCGGAGGGACUCGGUUUACAUAAUAUCAAAGAUCGUGAUUGGCAAAUACAAUCGUGCAUCGCUAUCGAGGGCAAGGGUGUGAAAGAAGGUUUAGAGUGGGCGUGCAAAAAUAUAAAAAAAAAAUAAUAUAAGCAUGUCGACAUUUAUUCCACAUUAGGGUGCACGAAAGGAGCAGGAUUACACCGACCAUUGUAUAUCUCACAUAUAAUCUUUAUUUAUCUUUUAUCUAUACUAUUUACAAAGAACAACUGAGAACACUGUUAUUUGUGGAUUCGGUACGAACAUCCGAAUGCCCAGUGGAUUCUUACGAAUCCGUCGUUGUACCGAACGUAUCCAGUCGUCGGACUUCCGUCCACUUUGAAAUGAGCUGUUCGACAUCAGCCGGACUCGAGAAGAUCUAUUUUUUUCUUAGAAAAACAGAGAGAGAGAGAAAGAGUCGCCGUCCGUAACAGCGAGCUUUAUUACGUGCCUUCUUGCUGUUGUAACUAAAGAUUAGAAUUUUUAUAGUUUUAUCUAGUGAAGAAUAAUAAAGAAAUAAAACAAGAGAAAACACACACGAUAUGUAUAGAUAUAUAAUAAUUAAUAUAAUAUUUAUACUUAUAAAUCAGAUAGAGAUUUGAGCAUCACGCGAAAAAAAUUCGCGGAGACGCGUUAAAAACAUAACGCGCAGCAUAUCAAUAUCUUAAAUCCAAAAUCUCAUAACUAAAAAAAAGUUUUAUAGAAGACAUUAAAAACUGUUUAUUUAUAAUGUAUUCCGACUCAUUUGUCAA